GCGGAGAGAAAAAAAGCCGGCGGCGACAAAUAAAUGACGACGAAUUGAAACAGGACGUGACCCCCUACAUCCUGGGUAGAAACAGCCGGGAUUUAAAGUGAGAACAAAGGAGAGUAUCGUUGACAUUGAGCAAUGAUUCCUUGAAAACCUGUUUACACCUAGCCUUCUCCUAGAAGACUCACCAAGUCAGAAAAACUGCAGGCUGCCCUUGAAACUGUUCUCACUCUCCACCCUGGGGCUACUUGAAUGCUUUUACUGUCGCUUUAAGAUGAAUCAGGCCCUGUGUAACGGAAAAUCCUGUGAAUGUUCCCUUUUCAAUUCUCCUUGCUGGAGUGCCCAUUUUUGGGGCACAGGUGACGUGGCAAUAUGGCAGCUGAUCAUAGCGAGCUGCUAGCUGAGAUGGCCACGGUGGGGCGUUUGAGCGCUACAGAGCGCCUAAAACAUGCCCAGAAACGUCGGGCUCAGCAGCUGAAGGGCUGGGCUCAGAUGGAGAAGGACACAGCCCGAGGGUCAAAGGCCAAGGUGGACAAAAAGAAAGGGCGCACAAGUAAAGUGACAUUCCCCAACACCAUCACCCUACUAGAGGCAGCCUCACGCAAUGAUCUAGAGGAGGUGAGGGAGCUGCUUAACAGUGGAGUCAGCCCAGACCUGUUCAACGAGGAUGGACUCACAGCACUGCAUCAGUGCUGUAUCGAUGACUUUGUGGAGGUGGUGCAGUGCCUGCUGGAUGCAGGCGCCAGUGUAAAUGCCUGUGACAGCGAGUUGUGGACACCACUGCAUGCUGCCGCCACCUGUGGACACACGGGACUGGUGCAGCUACUGGUGCAGGCUGGGGCUGACCUGCUGGCUGUCAACGCAGAUGGCAACAUGCCCUAUGACCUCUGUGAGGAUGAGGCCACCCUGGAGUUGAUGGAGAUGGUUAUGGCUGAACAGGGGAUAACUCAGGACCGUAUUGAUGAAUGUCGGGGGGCUAAAGAGAUGGAGAUGCUGAGGGAUGUUCAGGCUCUGGUCCAGAGUGCAGCAGACUUAAAUGUUCAGGAUGAUAAUGGAACAACAUUGCUCCACAUAGCAUCUGCUAACAGCUUCAUGUCUGUGGCGGAGCUGUUGCUUGAAAACGGAGCCCAGGUGGAGGUGAAGGACUCAGAUGGCUGGACGCCGCUUCAUGCUGCCUCCUGCUGGGGACAGAUCCAGAUGGUGGAGCUGUUGGUGGCCCAUGGGGCCAGUCUCAACACUAAAUCCAUCUUGGAAGAGACUCCUCUGGAUGUAUGUGUGGAUGAGGAGGUCAGAGCCAUACUAAUGGAACUGAAGCAUAAACAUGAUGCCAUCAUGAAGAGCCAAGACCGGCAGAAGGGUACGCUGCAAAGACGAGCCUCUAGUGCCGGCAGCAGAGGUAAAGUGGUACGUCGUGUCAGCGUGAACGAACGUUCCAGCUUGUACCGACGGGAGCACCAUAAAGAAGCCAUGGUGUGGCAGGAGCGAGGCCGACAGCCUGAGCUACACGAUGAUGAUGAGGACAGACAAACGGACAAUGAGCUGCACCAGCAUGCCACCAUGGUUGCCAUUGGUGGAGGUAUGUCACACCUUGAGGAUGGGGACGCAGCACAGAGGAAGAUUGCAUCCAGUUUGGGCAAUGGAGGAACAUCUGUGUCUCUGGCCUCUUCUGUCCCUGGAGAGCUGUGGACCGGUGGAGGUCGUAUGGAACGCAGUGCCUGCUACCAGCUGAGCCCUGGGUCAGGAGCUGGUAUAGCCUGUGGGUCUGGGUCUAGGGAGGGAGAUGGUACAGACAGCAUGACCCGAGAGAAAUCCCAUCACACCCUAGCUGACCUGAAACGCCAGAGGGCAGCAGCCAAACUCAAUAAGUACCCUGCUCCUCCGCCACCUGUGCCCCCUCCAGCAGAGGAGGGACCCCCUGUCCCACAAGCUGAGGUGAUGCCCACUGAGGGCUUACAAGAGAUCCAUGGGACACCCAGCACUGAGGAACUGGCCCUCGCCAGGCAGGUGUACUUCACCCCGGCAAGUGGAGAUCCCCCUCUACUGAAACUGCGAGCUCCUGAGGAGGACCAGUCCAACACCAAGGAGCCCUGCUGCGGACUUAUGUAGAUGGCUAGACAUUCCCACACAAGCACACAUAAAAAGGAUUAUACCCAGUUAUACGGCUUGUAAAGAUGGUAUGGGGCAUGCCACUCCAAAGUGGCAGAACAUUCAACACAGACUUCUGACGAAUUCUGUGUUGCUUAUUUAUUUUCUUUAGUUACAAAUCAUUUCCAUCUGCAACACGGCCACAAUUUCUGACGUACUGCUAAAGGUUUCAGUCUAUGCUGUAUGCUGC